AUGUCCAACAUUUGCCUGUCGAUCCGAGAGUUGAAGUUUGAAGAAACAGAAGCAGAAACAAAUUGUGUCGUCGUAAAUAUAAAAUGUCAAACAUUUAAAGUGAAAAAUUCUGCAAAGCUUGCAAAAGAAAUCAAAGAUCUUGGUUGGAUAACAGUUGAGAGUAGCAAGAACAUGCACAUCCGAUUGACUAGCACGCAGUGUUGUGCACAGACAUCGAAAAAUGUCUGCAAAACUCAAAGACAAAGACGUCUUUGA